UAGGAAAUAUAUAAAUUGCAGCUUCUAAUUUUGAACAAACGAUAUCAUGCCUCCUGAUUGGUUUAAUACAAAUAUAUCGUCAACGCCACAUUUAUAAAAUAUAAUUUUCUUUGGUAUUUUUGUAUUUUGAUUGUGUUUUUCCUCUCACGACCAUAUGACCUUAUUUGGUAUUCCCUAAAUAGAGAACAGUACCCAGACUUCAGUUGCACUUCACAGCCAAUUACUAGUAGAUAGUGAAAUAACUUCACUUCUUGGACGCUGAUUCAUGUAACUUUGCGAACGCUUAUAUAAUUAUGUGAAAGUGUGUUGGAGCAGCAUGUCUGUGGAGAAUGUGGCAGCACCUCCAUCACUGGCUCGCUCAGUGCCCAGCAAGAAGAAGCUUUACCAGGCUUUAGCAGAGGGAAGGGCCCCUGUAGAAGGGGACCAUGAAGAGGCCAGAAUUAUUCUAGGACAGAGAGAAAGCAGUUUUAGGAAGGAUCUGCAGUGGUUGCUGUUCAAUAAGUAUGUGCCUUCACUUAUUCAAGAUGGUCCACAAUGUGGUCUUGUGGUCUUAUGGAUGGCGACUCAUCUUCUGCAGCCUCCUAAGACAGUGGUGCUGGAGACACUGGUCCAGAUGGCAAAAUACAACGGCUACACUAAACAAGGAGAAAUGUUUUCUGCUAGUGACAUGGCCAAGCUGGCGGAGGAAGUGUGUGGGUGCAGAGUUCAGAGGUUAUCAGGAGGCAUGAUGGGAGAAAACACUGCUGUCAUUCUUAAACACCUCGCUGGCGGGCAACCUGUUCUUAUACCAUAUGAUGAGGAUUUUAAUCAUGAGCCCUGUUUACGUCAUCUUAGGUGAGACUCAACAAUUAUGUCACAAAGUUAUGUGACGAAACAGUACUUCAGUCUAAUAAUUUCUGUCUUUAUCCAGGUGUAUUAUUAGGCUUAAGGCAGGGGUGUGUGGACAGCAGACACUUCCCCCCUGACCUCACACUUCCCUGGCUGCAUCUCUCUCAGAACGAGGCUUCUGUCUCAUGGCCGACCGAUGACGUUAAAGAGGUGUUUGUUCUGGCUAAGCAGGGGAAGAGUCUACGCUACCAGCUGUGGAAGUUUGAGUUGGUAACACAGAGCAACAGUCAACUCAAGGAGAUGGACCCUCAGAGAGCCAGCAAUGGGACGAGGUACGUACUUCCUCCUGGCGGCGUACAGGACGGUCUAGCGGGACAAGUGCUGCUUCUCCACACUAACACACAGAAGAGCUGAUCAAGAGCACCAAAGACUCUUUCUGCAGGCUGUAUGAGCUCUUUCAGGAGCUGGUCGCACACCUGUAUUUUCAGUCCUUGUCCACUAGGUGUCCUUAUAGUUUGAGUGUUUCUAAAGGUGCUAUGUGAA